GAGCGCGGGGCCGGCCGGCACGGCGGCAGCGGGCCAUGGCGGGCUGGUGCGUGGGGCUGGCCUCUUUCCUGUUCGAGUACGACACGCCGCGCAUCGUGCUCAUCCGCAGCCGUAAAGUGGGGCUCAUGAACAGGGCCGUGCAGCUGCUCAUCUUGGCCUACGUCAUCGGGUGGGUGUUUGUGUGGGAAAAAGGCUACCAGGAAACAGAUUCUGUGGUCAGCUCAGUUACUACCAAAGCCAAAGGCGUGACUGUAACCAACACUUCUACACUUGGAUUCCGGGUCUGGGAUGUGGCAGAUUAUGUGAUUCCAGCUCAGGAGGAAAACUCCCUCUUCGUCAUGACCAACAUGAUCAUCACCAAGAACCAGAGCCAGGGCUUCUGUCCUGAGCUUCCGGAUAAGACCACUAUUUGUAAUUCAGAUGCCAACUGUGUUGCUGGCUCUUCGGGCACCCACAGCAGCGGAAUCGCAACAGGAAGAUGUGUGCCGUUCAAUGAGACUAUGAAGACAUGCGAGGUGGCAGCCUGGUGCCCAGUGGAGAAUGACACACACGUGCCCGAACCAGCUUUUUUAAAGGCUGCGGAAAACUUCACCCUUUUGGUUAAGAACAACAUCUGGUACCCGAAAUUUAAUUUCAGCAAGAGGAAUAUUCUUCCCAACAUCACCACUACCUACCUCAAAUCGUGUAUUUACGACGCUGUAACAGAUCCCUUCUGCCCCAUAUUCCGUCUUGGCAAAAUAGUGGAGAGCGCAGGGCACAGCUUCCAGGACAUGGCCAUCGAGGGAGGCAUCAUGGGUAUCCAGAUCAAGUGGAACUGUAACCUGGACAGAACCUCCUCCCUCUGCUUGCCCAGGUACUCCUUCCGUCGCCUGGACACCCGGGAUGUGGACCACAAUGUGUCCCCUGGCUACAAUUUCAGGUUUGCCAAGUACUACAGUGACCCGACUGGGGCCGAACACCGCACACUCAUCAAGGCCUAUGGCAUCCGCUUUGACAUCAUAGUGUUUGGAAAGGCUGGGAAAUUUGACAUCAUCCCCACCAUGAUCAACAUUGGCUCCGGUUUGGCGCUCCUAGGGGUGGCAACGGUGCUCUGUGACGUCAUUGUCCUCUACUGCAUGAAGAAGAGAAACUACUACCGGGAGAAGAAAUACAAGUAUGUGGAGGAUUAUGAGCAGGGUCUUGGCAGUGAGAUGGACCAGUGAUGCUCCUCCACACUAGGGCUCCCCAUGGCCCUCAUCAGAGCACAGCCAAGAGAGAGAAAAGGCUGCCGUGUCACCUCAGAGAAAGUUCAGAUUCUGAAUCCAUCUCCACUGCACGAGAACGACAUGGUCACCCAGCUGUUUUGUGUUUAGGAUGUGCAGAGCAAAGCACCCUGCAACCUGGGGGUGUUGGGGUGACCUCUGGCCCAAGGGCAGUGGUGCUCCUGCCACUGGAGCCUCGUCCGGCUCCCAGCUGAGCCCCAGCGGCUCUGGUCAAGCACUUUAUGAGGGAAGGACGGACUGCUGGGUGUGGCUGCUGGAUGCGGGCUGUGCCUGGGCUGUGGUUCCUCUUCCGGUCCGUGCUGUCACAAGACAGUGUGUGUUCUUUGAGAAAAGGCACGCUGCGGUGGUCAAGGACCAAACAUUAAAACACUUUUCUCAA